AAUUUGUAGCUCCACCCCCUUCUCUCUCUACAUCACAACUCAACCAAAUCCACCUUCAUUUCCAACCUUUCCCAUUUUAACUUGCUCUUAAACCAGAGUCCCUAUACUACUUUAAUUUGUUUAGGCAGACUCCAACUUUCUCUGAAAAACUAUCCUCUUCUUCUAUUCUUUCUUCAGCCCUGGAUGUUGAGAGAAGUGGGUACUACGAGUUGUUGUUGCUGUAUAACAAAAAAUGGAGCGUCCUCAGUACUACGCACCGUCCCAUAUUAAUGUGGAGUCAUCAUCUCGGCCGUCUUUAGGCUUCCCCCUUGGCACUGCUGUUCUCUUAAUUGUCAUUUUCAGUUUGAGUGGCGUCUUUUCUUGCUGCUAUCACUGGGAAAAAAUUCGUUCCCUCCGUCGUCGAUCUUUCGCCGACCUCGAAGGGGGCGGUGAUCCUGCUUCCUUGAAACCCAAACACACCCACAUGAGUGAGAUGCAGAACCAAAGCCAAAUCUCUCCGGCAGUUUUAAUGCCAGGUGAUCAAGUUCCAAAAUUCAUAGCAUUGCCUUGUCCAUGUCAACCUCCUACAACAGGAAAGGUGGUUGUAGAGGUUCAGACACCGCCGCGGCCGCCGCCUUCACCUCCUAAGACAAUUCGUAUGGUGGUGGGAUUACCUUUGUAUUAGUAUAAGCAGAGUAUUACUGAUUUGGGACUGGGCUCGUUGGUGUAUAGCAGAGUGUAUAUACUGAAUUGUGGUGAUCAAUUAAACUCCCAAUGGGAAACAUCAGUUCUUUAUUUUUGUGUUAUAACACCUUAAUUGAUAUGCA